GUCCGGAAUCUGGAUAAUAAUAAUGUUGCGUGUGAGCACGUCAAAAACCAAAACAGUGCAUCCAACUUUUGUAUACGUGAUAUAUAUUAUUGGAAAAUAUUACAAAUUAUCUUUCAAACGAUAAGUGAUAAAUGUGGUUCUUAAGUUAAAGCAUAAAUCAAUAUAAUUUUUAUCGACAUUUCUUAUUAAGUGUUCUAUUUUAAGAAAAUUUGUGAUUAGAAGAAGAAUUUUAUAUUUCUAACCUCACUUUCUUUAAUUGCGACAGACGUCAAAUAAUAACGCGCAUAAUUAAAUAAAUGUGUUUUUAUAUGUAUAUUUAGUUUUAAAUAUCAUAAAUCAAGUGUCUUAAAAUUGUAUUUUCACGAAAAAAAAAAAGAAGAAAACAACCGUGAAAAUGAGGAAAAUUGUUUUUUUCAUAAAACUAAGAUAUUUAAAUCCAUUACACAUAUCUAAAUUCAAAUACAUCUCUUAGUAAUAAGAAUUCCAUUUCUUUUUUUUAUAAUUCUCUCACAAAAAAAAAAAAAAAAGUUUUUUCUAAUUUGAAGACUGAUUAUCGCAUAAUAAAUAAAAAUGAUUUCUCAUCUUUCACAUGUUAUGACACUGGCUAAUGGAGCUAUUGGUGUUAGUGUCUUAGCAAUGCCGUUUUGUUUUAAGCAAUGCGGUAUUAUUUUGGCCAUAUUAUUACUUUUAGUGAGUAGUAUUCUUUCGAGGCUCGCUUGUCAUUUUCUUCUUAAAUCAGCCGUAAUGUCACGGCGUAGAAAUUUUGAAUUUCUUGCAUUUCAUGCAUUUGGUCGUAUGGGUAAAUUUUUCGUUGAAUUAUUUAUUAUUGGCUUUCUAUUGGGAACGUGUAUUGCAUUUUUUGUUGUUGUCGGCGAUUUGGGUCCUGCAAUUAUUGGCAAAGUAAUUGAUAAAAAUCCAGAAAAUAUUCGAACAAGUUUACUUAUUACAACUGGUACAUUUAUUGUUUUACCACUUGGAUUACUUAGAAAUAUUGACAGUCUUUCGAGUAUUUCAACAGCUACUAUUGUUUUUUAUUUUUUCCUCGUUUUAAAGGUAAUGGGAGAAUCGACUCAACAUAUCUUUGCUGGCGAUUGGUAUGAUCAUGUAUUUUUUUGGAGACCCGCUGGUAUUUUACAGUGUUUGCCAAUUUUUUCUAUGGCACUAUUUUGUCAAACGCAAUUAUUUGAAAUUUAUGAAUCUGUGCCAAAUGUUUCACUAGAGAAAAUGAAUGAAAUUGUAAGAGGCGCUUUAAAUAUUUGUACAAUUGUUUAUAUUUCUGUGGGAUUAUUUGGUUAUAUUGCGUGUUGUACACAACCUUUUACUGGAAAUAUUUUGAUGAGUUUUGAACCAAGUCCUUCAUCGGAAGUGAUCAAAUUAUUUUUUGUCUUCUCCGUUGCUUUUAGUUUUCCGCUAGUCAUUUUUCCCUGCAGAGCAAGUUUGAAUUCUCUUCUUUUCCGACGAGCAUAUCUACAUGAUUCUUCAAGCAGUUACAUGCCAGAAACGAGAUUUAGAUUCCUGACAUUUGUGAUUGUGUCCAUUUCAUUAAUUAUGGGAAUACUAAUUCCAAAUAUUGAAUUUGUUUUGGGAAUAGUGGGAGCAACAAUUGGAGUUAUGAUUUGUCUUAUUUUCCCUGCGACAUUCUUCAUUUCAAUAAGCAGUAAAAAUACAAAUGAAAGACUACUUGCUCAGGUAAUUGCAUUUGUUGGACUUUUAAUUAUGAUUUUGGGCACAUACGUUAAUUUACAUGCAAAAGGAGAAUCUCUCAAUCCACGUAUUAUAAUAACAACCGAUAAAUCUGUUGAUCAGAUGAACAAUUUACCGUUUAAUUUAAUGAAAGAUGAUAUUCCUGUGAUUCCGAAAAUACCGAAGAAACCAAAUUUUCUAGCAAAUGACAAAGACUCGAACGCUCUACCAGAGUGGAAUCUUCCUAAAAAUAUUCCAAUUCCCGCUCUGCCUAAGGAUAUAGUAACUCCAAAAUCUGUUGUUCAAUCUCCAAUUGACGAGAAUGUUGUUAUAAAUUCGAUUCCAGAAACAAAUAAAGUCAUUGAUUCUGUUAAAGAAUCAAAGAUCGAGUAUAAAAUUGAUGAAAAUAUCAAAAAAGAAAUAAAUCCCGAAAUUCAAAAAGAAGAAAAUUUAAAAUUAACAAAAGUGAAGGAUAAAAUAAUUGAACCGCAAAAAAAUGAAAAUUUAAUUCAUUCCGAUGCGAUAAAAAAAGAAGAAACAGAAUUAGCAGCAGCUGGUGAAUUAUCACAAUUGGAUGAUGCGCAAAGACAUGAGGAAUUAAAAAGAACUUUAGAGAAAUAUAAAAAAGAGCAGCGAGAAAUGAUGAAGGAACAAAAAGAAAUUUUAAAAGACAUUAAACAACAACAAUUGGAAUUACAAAAGAAAAAGGAAGAAAUUCCAAAAGUUUCUGAACAAGAAAAGAAGAGUGAUAAAAUAAAGGAAAAAGAAGAGGAAAUAAAAGUAAUAAAUAUCGAAACUAAUAGGAAAAAUACAAUACAAAAGGAAAAUAUUUUCGAUAAAAAAGAAUUAGAAAAUGAAAAAAAGAAACUCGAAGAAAAAGAGAAAUUGGAGUUUAAAGAAAAAAUUCCAGAAAAGAAAAUUGAAAAAAUUGAAGAGAAAAAAGAUAUUGAAGUAAAGACACAAGUAAAACCAAUUAUCAUCGAAAAUGAAAUACUCAAUAAAAAUUCUCCAUUAGAUUCUGAGAAAAUAUCUUCUGAUCAUAUUUUGAAUGCUUUAACAAAGAAAAUAGUCAACAAUGUAAUAAAAGAAGUGAAACAAGAAAAAAAUAUUUCACAAAAGAAUCAUUCAAUUUACAAAAAGGAGACAAAUGUAAAUAAUGAAAUAAUUAAAUUACAAGAGUACGCAAUACCAAUUGCAUUGAAAAUGAAUAAUAAUCAAACAAAAACCUAUAAUAAUACAGAAAAAUUGACGGAUAAAAAGAAAGUUGAAGUUGGUAGAGAUAUUUUAGAAAAUAAUGAAAGAGAAAAACGUGAUAUUCAUGAUACAGUGAAUAAUGAGACAAAUAAAAUUGUCAAUAAUGAUGUGAAAAAAAUUUGCGAAAAAGACAAAAUAAUUAUCAAUGAAAAUAUUAAACAAGAUCCAUUAAAUGUGAUUGCUAUUAAAGAUUCUCUUAUUGUGACAAAUAAUUAUUUAUCGCAACCAAAUUUUGUUGACAAAAUUUCUAUUGAAUCGAAUAAUUUAGAUUUAAAUGAAAAAAUUGUUAAAUUAAAUAAGAGAGAUCUUAAAUAUAUUAAUUUAGACGAACAUGAAAUAUAAAUGUGUACAAGAGACAGAGAGAGAGAGAGAGAGAAAAAAAAACAUUCGUUAUAUGUAAAUAUUAAAAUAUGUGUGAUAUAUUAUAUUCUAUCAUAAUAUCAUUUUAAAUUUAGAAAAUUUGUGGAAAGUGUGAAAAAAAUCAAAAAGUAUUAUUUUUGCAUUUCAGCAUAAUAUUGUAUAAUGUAUAAUAUUAAAAAAAAAAAGAAUAAUUUUAAGACAGUUUAAUAAAAAUAUAAUGUUAAUGUUUGUAUUUAAAAUGUUGUGAAGAAUAUAUAUUAUAUUUUUUGACUGUGA